ACGCUCCUUGCCAGCAAAGCCGCUUUGUUGGCACUCUCUUGGGCGCCCGUAAAAAAAAAUCUUCCAAAAAUCCCACUCGGAGUUUUGUUUAAAUUAUUUAGGCCGCAACGAAAGAAAAAUACCAAAUUUGGUUGGAGAUAUAGAUUCUUGUCAGUCAUACGAGAUUUUCAUUCAUUCGUUCGAGGUCCCACGGAUGCCCGGUUCGAUCCCCUCGAACUUCGUUCUUACACAGAUUUACAUUGGGUUUUCAACUUCAUCUGACCGACGUAGGUGGUGAUAGAUGGAGCACUGAUGAGGUAAAAUUAGGCGAUGCAGGGUUCGGAAACUUCCUUUCAACUGUGCAACCGCGAGGUUUUAGCAGAAUUCACCGGAGAUUGAGGCCUUGCCGACUUCCAGCCACGGUGGCGCACUGAUUUAGCGAUUCCUAAGUGGUAGGGGCCGUGUGAUUACAGGUAGAACUUGGGAUUCGAAUGGACAAAACUGUAGAAAGCUUUGGCAAAAAAUUCAGUACGCUUUGAUGUUGGCAGGGUUAUAGGAAAAUAACUGCAAUUCUUACUUUGUUGUAAGUAUAGAAUUGUAGAGUGUUCGAAAACAAAACUGAUGUGGAAUCUAUGAAAACACGAUGAGAGCACUGCGUCAUGGUAGAUGGGAACUGUGGAAGCCAAAUUGCAUUGCAUAGUUGAUAAGUUUCGAUCAUGGAUUCCUCGUAGAACAGAGACAUCCGAUACAUCAAGGGUUUUCUGGAUGCCCGAUCAAAGCUGCAGGGUCUGCUAUGAGUGUGACUUGCCAUUUACUAUAUUCAAUAGAAGACACCAUUGUCGGGUAUGUGGUAGGGUUUUCUGUGGAAGGUGCACGGUGAUCACAAUCCCUGCAGCUUUUGCAGAGGGCCGAAAUUAUCAACAGGAAGACAGGGAGCGCAUAAGGGUUUGCAUAUUUUGUUACAAGCAAUGGGAACUGGAAACUAUACCUGCAAAGUGUAAUAGCUUGGAAUUACUGUCUCCAGGGAUCAGCCCUUCGCUCUCCUAUUCAAGCUUGGCUAGUAGUGAAUUCUCUGGUAAUAGUAAUAGUACUAAUAGUAGCAGCAUCAGAUCCAUUAUGCCCCACUCAGCUGUUCCUUAUCACCAUAUCACUUACAGCUCUCGUCUCAAUCUGGUAGAAACUAAUGGAUUGGAUCAGGGAAGAAAUAGUGAUAAUACCGAUUUGGUUUCCACUCUGGAAAGUGAAGGACCUACUUCCAGUGCUUUUGGAAUUCCCACUAACAGGAGUGAGGAUGAGGAUAACGAAUAUACUAAACUGUUUGAGGAUCCCGAGUGGCGCAUUUUGAGGAAGGUAGAAGAAAAUUAUCAGGGUUGUUCUUUAAAUUGUCCCUCUGUAUACAGUUUUAAUAAAGCCAAUUCUUUAGAUCUGAGUUUUAAAAUUUCAAUGGACCAAGAUUUCUUGAGCAAAACUCAAACAUCUGGCGAGCAGUUUAUUGAGGAAAAGAUGCCUGGUUCAUCUCAAAUUGGGGCCCCGGGAACAGAGAAUCAAUUUUCAGUUACGCAAGAAAGGUCUGGAGAAGAAUCAGAGAGCACAGACAAUGGUGAUGAAUGCAAUGAUGAAUCACCUAUGUUUGAGUCAACAAGUCCUGAGUCAGAACAGCCAAUGGAUAUUGAGAACAACGGGAUUCUAUGGAUUCCUCCAGAGCCAGAAGAUGAAGAGGAUGAGAAAGAGACUAGUGUAUUUGAUGAUGAUGAUGAUGAUGGAUGUGGUUGGGCUUUGCCCCACUCCACAGGCAGCUUUUCUGACAGUGAAUACAAGAGCAAGGAUAGGGUAAGUGAGGAGCAUAGGAAGGCUAUGAGAGCGGUCUUGGAUGGACACUUUAGGGCUCUUGUAGCACAGCUUCUUAAAGCAGAAAAUGUUCCUGUAGGUGAAGAGAACAACAAGGAGAGCUGGUUGGAAAUAGUUAUCUCAUUGUCAUGGCAAGCAGCAAGUCUCGUAAAGCCAGAUACUAGUAAGGGAGGAGGAGGAAUGGAUCCAGGGGGAUAUGUGAAGGUUAAGUGCCUUGCCUGCGGUCAUCCAUAUCAAAGUGAAGUGAUUAAGGGAGUUGUAUGCAAGAAAAAUAUUGCAAAUAGGCGGAUGACCAAAAGUUACAAGAACCCCCGGUUGCUAAUUUUGGGAGGUGCUCUUGAAUAUCAGCGGGUUUCAAAUGUUCUGUCAUCACUUGAUACCUUGAUUCAACAGGAAAAAGAACAUCUCAAGAUGACUGUAGCAAAGGUAGAAGCUCAUCAUCCUAACGUGCUGCUGGUUGAGAAAUCUGUGUCUCGUCCAGCACAAGACUAUCUGUUGGCAAAAGAAAUAUCUUUGGUGUUGAAUAUUAAAAGGCCUCUUCUGGAGCGUAUAGCUCGGUGCACUGGUGCACAGAUUGUUCCCUCAGUUGAUAAUCUCACUGCAGCAAAAGUGGGUCACUGUGAGUCCUUCCACGUGGACAAAUUUGUGGAGGAGCAUGACAGUGCUGGACAAACAGGAAGAAACCCGCCAAAAACCUUGAUGUUCUUUGAAGGCUGUCCGAAGCCACUUGGUUGCACGGUAUUGCUUAAGGGUUCAAACAGUGAUGAGUUGAAGAAGGUGAAACGUGUUGUUCAAUUUGCUGUAUUUGCAGCCUAUCAUUUAGCUGUAGAGACCUCUUUCCUUGCAGAUGAAGGUGCCACUCUUCCUGAACUUUCCCUCAAGUCUCCAAUAACUGUUGCUCUACCAGACAAGAUAUCAAAUUUUGAUAGGUCCAUUUCUACUAUACCUGGAUUUAUGAUUCCUACUUCAGUACAGAUGAACAAAGCAGAUAUGCAAUUUCCUCCAAAAGGAGUUUUGACUGAAAACAGUGUGGUGCAACAAAAAGAUAUGUAUGCAAUUCCUGAAAACUUUUCGAGUUCACCUCCCUAUGGGAAUUUAAUAUCUGAGUUGUCUUCUUCGAUAAAGAAAACUUUUGAAGAAGCAGUUCCCUUUUCAAGUUCAAAGUCACAUGAAGGAGUCACUACUUAUUUUAAUUCUGCAGAUCAAAGGUCAAAUAGUUCUAUAAUAGAUAGCAGCUUAGUUACAUGUACUCCUGGAUCUGUUGGGCAUCAGUUUCCUGUGGAGGAAAAUUCUCAUGAACUGCAAUUGGAGAACCAGGAGAAUAUGGAAAAUCAACCGAAGGCCACAUUAUUUAUGGAUCAUAAAAUAACAGGGCAUGAUAACCACAAUAACAUGCAUUCUGAGGGACAACGGCCCUCUAAAGAAGAUUUCCCACCUCCUGAUCAACAAAGUAUAUUGGUUUCCUUAUCAACUCGUUGUGUGUGGAAAGGAACAAUAUGUGAACGUGCUCAUCUGUUUCGUAUCAAAUACUAUGGAAGUUUUGACAAGCCUUUGGGAAGAUUCUUAAGGGAUGAUUUAUUUAAUCAGAAUUACAGAUGUAAUUCCUGUGAUGCCCCAACCGAGGCCCAUGUGCAUUGCUAUACUCAUCAGCAAGGAAGCCUUACAAUAGCCGUCAAACGUCUUGAUGUGACUAUCUUACCAGGUGAAAGAGAAGGGAAAAUAUGGAUGUGGCACCUUUGUGUAAAAUGUGCACGCAAAACUAGAAAACCACUUCCAACACGAAGAGUGGUCAUGUCGGAUGCUGCAUGUGCAUUAUCCUUUGGAAAAUUUCUGGAGCUUAGUUUCUCCAAUCAUGCUGCAGCAAGUGGGGCUGCCAACUGUGGCCAUUCUUUACAUAGGGACUGCCUACGUUUCUAUGGGUUUGGAAGAAUGGUUGCAUGUUUUCGUUAUGCUCCUAUACAUGUUUAUUCUGUGCAUUUGCCACCUCCAAAGCUGGAGUUUAAUGACCCAAACCAACAAGAGUGGCUGAGAAACGAAGUAUCAGAUGUUGAAGAUAAGGCUGAAUUGCUUUUUGCUGAAGUAUUUGAUUCACUACGACAGAUUGGAGAGAAAAUUGCAAGCUCUGGAUCUUUCUAUGCAGGAACCAAGGUUCCAGAAUCAAGGAGAAAAAUUGUAGAGUUUGAAGGGAUCUUGCAGAAAGAGAAAACUUAUCUUGAGGACAUGAUACAGAAGUCAAUAGCAAAAGACCAUAAACCAGGGCAGCCCAUUGCUGAUAUUUUGGAGUUGAAUCGUGUGAGGUUCAGGCUUAAUUGUCAAUCACGUGAGUGGAAAAAUCGCCUCCAGUUCUUAGCUUCUUUUCUUAAGAGGCUUCCUGGUAGUUCAACUUCUACCAUACCAGAAGAAUUAAAUCUGUUUGUGCAAAAGGAGAAAAACAAAGAUGACAAGGUUGACAAUUUGAGUGUAUGUGAAAAGACUUUACAGAGGAACAGAAUAGAAAAGUAUGACGGAGAUGCUUGUAAAAUUGUAGUGCCAGAAGCUGAGGGCAAUGGCUGCAUAUCAGGGGAAAAUGCUGAGGACAAUUCUGGUAUUUCUGAAAAGUUGAAGUCUGGGGACACUUUUAUUAUCAAGACACAAGGUAUUACCCAUUCUUCAAGCAUAGAAGAUAACUUUCAGCAUCAUUUUUUGAAUGACAGUUUCAUGUGCACUGAGAACACUGAUAAUGGAUUAGGUGCAGUUGAUAAAAUGAACAAGUCUAUGGAAACUGACAAGCUGACGUUAGUGCAACAUGAUGAAACUAAUAUAAAUGUCUCCUUUAAUGAUUCAAGCACAGUUAAGCAAUCUUUGACAUAUCGUCCACUUAGCACAGAUUGUAACGGAAAUGGCAUUUCCGGAUUAUUCCAAGAAAAUAAACUCACAGACGCAGUUGAUGGUGGGGACAGAAAAGAUUGUUUUGUAGGGGAUUUUGAAUUUAACAAAACACUGUCUGAAGGAAAUGUUCGAAAAUCUGUAAAUCUCUCUGAUACAUUAGAUAUAGCAUGGACUGGUGAGGGUCAGUCAAUUGAAGCUCCGGUUGUGAAAAUAACAUAUCAGGGGCAGGAGGUUGGUCCUGGCCCAGCUAUUGAAAAUGCUUGUGCUGACACUGAAUCUGCUUUUAGAAAUGAGCAUGAUCCUUUGCAAGGUGAAAAAAAUCUCUCUCCAACUGCAGUGAAAGCAGACAGUAUGGAUUGUAUUGCAAAUGUACAAGAUAAAAGUGAACAAGAACGAUUACUAGUUAGUGCACCUACCUCACCAGUGAAAUCUGACAUUUCGGAGGACUUUGGUAGUUGGAUUGGAGCUUCCUUUUCUGAUUUGUACAAGAUCUACAGUAAGAGUUUUCAGGGAUCUCUAUCUGGGUUUACUCCCCGUUUUGAUUCCCUUGAUAACCAUAUUCCAUCUUUUGUAUCAUCAGUCAGUCAACUUGGUGAUCAAGGAGGAGCAAGGUUAUCCCUUGUUCCUGGUGUUGAUGAUAUAAUUAUUGUUAUUUAUGAUGAUGAGCCUACAAGCAUAAUAGCUUAUGCCCUCACCUCUCAUGAUUAUCACGCCCACAUAUCUGAUACAAAUAAGCAAAAGGAAAAAGAAAGGGAGAAAGAAAAGGAAAUUGGUGAUUCAUCUGGUAUAGAUGCAGCUCAUUUCUAUUACCUUCAGGCAUCUGAAGGAUCUGAGCUAUCUGAAGUCAUUCAUAGAGAAAAAAGCUAUGGAUCUGAUGACAGCUUUACUUCUGGAAGCAAAGGGGCUGUAAUUUCAGAUUCCUUUCUUUUUGAUAAGGCCAUGCAUGUAAAAGUUUCUUUUGAUGAUGAAAGCUUUGGUUGGAAGGUUAAAUACAUGGUAACUUGUUAUUAUGCAGUGCAGUUUGAAGUACUCAGGAAAAAAUGUUGCCCAACAGAGUUGGACUUCAUUCGUUCCCUCUGCCGCUGCAGAAAAUGGGGAGCAAAAGGUGGAAAGAGCAAUGUGUUUUUUGCAAAAACUAUGGAUGAUAGAUUCAUUGUCAAGCAGGUUACCAAGACAGAAUUGGAAUCUUUUAUGAAGUUUGCACCUGAAUAUUUUAAAUAUCUUUCAGACUCUCUUAGUACAGGGAGCCCAACCUGUCUUGCAAAGAUUCUCGGUAUUUAUCAGGUUACUACAAAGCAUGCAAAAGGUGGAAGGGAGGUCAAGAUGGAUUUGAUGUUAAUGGAGAACCUUUUGUAUGGGAGGAAUGUGACUCGUUUAUAUGACCUUAAGGGAUCUGUUCGGUCACGCUACAAUCCAGAUUCAACAGGAAGUAACAAGGUUCUUCUAGAUCAGAAUCUUUUAGAAGCUAUGCCGACUUCACCAAUUUUUGUUGGGAACAAGGCCAAACGCUUGUUGGAGAGAGCUGUCUGGAACGAUACUGCAUUUCUGGCUUUGAUUGAUGUAAUGGAUUAUUCAUUGCUGGUUGGAGUUGAUGAAGAGCGCUGUGAAUUGGUUUUGGGCAUUAUUGAUUUUUUGAGGCAAUAUACCUGGGAUAAGCAUCUUGAAACGUGGGUGAAAGCCUCAGGUAUUCUUGGUGGUCCGAAAAAUACACCACCAACUGUCAUUUCUCCAAAACAGUACAAGAAGCGUUUUCGAAAAGCAAUGUCUACAUACUUUCUAAUGGUUCCUGAUCAAUGGACUCCACCCACUGUAGACUCUAGCAUUUCUCUUUCUGAUAUCUGUGAGGAUGUUGCUCCAACCCUUGUACAAGGAGAUCUAUCUUAGUUUCUAAAUUUCAAGGCAUAUUGCCUUAUUCCAGAAUGCUGGCUUUAUUGUCUUUGUCCAUUCUUUAUGCUCAAUGUAUUUUAAAAAUGUGAGGUCUUCUUUGGACUAUUAUGUUGAUUAAGUUUAGCUUUUAAUAGUCCAUGUAUUCUUACGCCUUGUUUGUCAAUAAGAACUUCCAGUCAUUCCAUAUUGUGAAUCUCUCAAAACUUGUGCUUGAAUUGGAUGACAUAGCAUAUGGUAAUGAGAAGGCUGUGUUAUCUGAUGCCUAAGUUGUUUAAGAUGAAACAGUGUUCCUUUAUCAUAUCAGCUGAUUUCAGAUCCAUCCAUAUGUAUGGUCUGAAGCUGUGUAACAUAUUUGUUAGAGAUAUUGAUAUUCUUUAAUUUUAUUUGUGAUUUAUCCUUGAAGUUUU